CAAGUCGACUCGGAGUCGACACUCGACAACAAUAUACCGUUGCGAGCUGCUGUCACGCAAGUGAACGUGUCAAAAGAAUCCUUUUCAUAUUCUGUAAUAACACACUAGACAGAGAAAAAACAGCAAAAUGAGUCGUCGAAAGUUCGAUGAAAUGUCGGAUUACGACUCCGGUCGUGACCGAAAGAGGAGACGCAAUGAUGCCGUGGAAAUUGAAGAUCGUCUUGAAUCUCUCAUUAUCCGCGUUGGAGAGAAGAGCACCUCAUCUUUGGAGAGUAAUCUUGAAGGUCUGGCAAGUGUAUUAGAGGCAGAUAUCAAUAAUUACAAGACCAAAAUUCUCAAGAUACUAAGUGAUUGUGCUGUCAAGAUGCCAGAAAAAACAACAAUUUAUACUACUCUUGUUGGACUUCUGAAUGCAAAGAAUUACAACUUUGGAGGAGAGUUUGUUGAUCUGAUGGCUCGAAAACUGAAGGAGGCACUGAAGUCAUGCUAUUGGAAGACUGCUCGUUAUGUUCUUAGAUUCUUUGCAGAUCUGGUAAAUUGUCAUGUCAUUUCCACCAACUCGCUCCUUCAGUUACUUCAUACUUUCUUAGACACUGCUAGAGAUGACAAUUCCCCACAAGUGAGGAGUGAUACAUACGUUUAUGCUGUUUUAAGUUGCUUGCCUUGGGUUGGGCGUGAGUUGUAUGAGAAGAAGGAACAGGAUUUGGAGCGUUUAUUGAAGCACAUUGAAAUAUAUGUGAGGAAACGAAGUCGAAAGCAUGUUCCAGGACUCAGAGUGUGGCGUUCUGAUCGACCUCAUCCACAAGAGGAGUACCUUGACUGUCUUUGGUCUCAGAUAUGCAAGUUGCGGUCAGACAUGUGGCAAGAGAAACACAUUGCAAGACCUUAUGUGGCCUUUGAUUCAAUACUGUGUGAAGCCUUACAUAACAUUCCACCACUGACACUACCCCCUCACAAUCAAGACAAUAUGUAUCCUUUUCCAUGGGUAGUGUUUAGGCUUUUUGAUUAUACUGAUUGUCCAGAGGGCCCUGUUUUACCAGGAGCUCAUUCUAUUGAACGCUAUCUAAUUGAAGAACACUUACACAACAUCAUCAAAGAAUAUCACCUGGAAAGGAAGCAGUGUGCUGCCUUUCUUCUUGAUUUCCCAUUGAAGCAUAAGAUCCCUCUGGAGUAUAUGAUUGUAGAGGUUGUGUUGGCUGAGCUGUUCCAUCUGCCAGGCCCACGCUACAUUGAGAUCUGCUAUGGUUCUCUCUUGAUAGAGUUGUGCAAGCUGCAACCUGCAACGAUGCCUCAGGUCUUGGCUCAAGCUGUUGAAUUGCUGUUUGAUCGUAUAGACACCAUGAAUGUCUGCUGUUUUGAUAGGUUUGUGAACUGGUUUGGUUACCAUUUAAGUAACUUCCAGUUUAAGUGGUCUUGGGAUGACUGGCUUGAGGCCUCGCAGUUGGAUCCAACCCAUCCCAAAGCAAAGUUUGUAAUUGAAGUACUGCAGAGAGCUAUGAGGUUGUCUUAUAGGCAAAGAAUUGCUGAGGUAGUCCCAGAGCAGUUUGAUUGUUUUGUGCCAAAUAAGCCAGAGCCAAAUUGCAGGUACUUCACAGAAACCGGGGCUGACAUUCCUGGCUUCAAUACGGCUCAGCGUCUCGAAGCUAUCAUCAGAGCAAAAGGAACGUCAACGGAAGUGAUUCAGGCUUUAGGUGAAUUGCCCAACCCACUGCAAGAAAAUGACGAAACCGAUCCUCCCUAUCAUCCUCUGCAGAUUCAAGUUUUUGUGCAAACUCUACUUCACCUGGGCUCCAAAAGUUUCUCUCAUGCUUUUGCUGGUAUUUCAAAGUUUUUGAAGGUAUUUGAAGCUCUUGUUGGACCUCACGAAGAAGCCCAGAUACUUGUGCUGCGUGAAAUGCAUGAAGUAUGGCACAACCAUCAGCAGAUGAUGGUUAUGUUGACAGAUAAAUUCUUGCGUACACAAAUUGUUAGAUGUGCAUCAGUGGCUACAUGGGUUUUCAGCAAGGAUAUGAUCCCUGAGUUCACAAAAAACUAUAUUUGGGAAAUAAUCCACGCAACCAUUCGUAAAAUGAACAAACACGUAGCUCGCCUUCAGCGAGAGGUAAAUGAUGCACGUGAGCGCCGGACUGGGCAUGAUUCAGAUGACUCCUCUUCAGAUGAAGAAGAGCAGAGACCAAGACCAACAGAAGAAGAAAUUGAAAGAAUGGAAGAGAAAUUGGAAACUGCACAAGCUGACCAGAAACUUUUCCUCAUUAUUUUCCAGAGGUUCAUCAUGAUCUUAUCAGAACAUCUUGUGCGUUGUGAUACUGAUGGUCGAGACUUUAACACUCACUGGUAUCGAUGGACUGUUGGAAGGUUAAAUCAAAUUUUCAUGAUGCACAACACCCAAGUAGAGCGAUACAGUCAAACAUUGAGUACAUUGCUCUUCACUCAAGAUUUAGACCCACACAUUCUUGAUGCCUUUAAUCAGUUUAUUGCAUUGCGUACAUAAAUCCUUCAAAAAGGACCCUGUUUCCUGUUUAUACUGUAUGAUACUUGGGUAUUUUUGUUACUUUUUUGUGGCAUGAUUAUGCCUCCGGUACAUUAGUGGAUGUUUUACUGGAUAGGCAGAAGUUGGCACUCUAGAUAAUAAGAGUUCAAGUAAGUAAUUAGGAAUUAUUCAUAUUUUAUGAAAUAUUUUCUUAUAUUUAACCUAUUAAUUGAGAUAAUAUAAUGUUUAGGUUAUUGAUGAUUUCUUGGAAUCACAGCUUUGAAAGUGUCAUUGUAGCUGCUUUUCCUCAUAUUGAAUUCUUGCUGUUAGCUAAAUUAUUAUCAUCACUAUCAUUAGUGAUGUUAUUUUCACAAGAAAGAGCACCAUUGCUCAUGAGAAUGACGUUACUGUCACAUUAGCUUUUUCAUAUACUCCAGAUCUUGAAAUUUACUCGUAGGUAAAUGCACGAGAUUAGUUGAAAGUUGCAUUAAUAUUAAGAUAUUGACAGAAUUAGCACAAUCUUUCACUCUAUGAUCAUCAGUAAAGCUUUUGCUUCAUGGUGAAGAUUAAAUACAAUGACAUUUGCUGGAUUGAGAUGCAAGAUGUAUCCCUUGCCUUUGUUGCUACACUAAUGGACAACACUUAAAGGUACUCUCUUUUCAUAUCUGCAAUAGAGUUUUUAAUUUGCUUGUAUACAGAAAAAAAGGCCUUCCUCAGCCAUCUGUUGACAGAAUCUCAUUUUGUGGAAACAGCUCAGUAGAUGGGGAAGAUGAUAAUUUUCUUUGUGAGGCUUUGCUUAAGGCUUAUAUUAUUUUAAUGACUUUUUGAAAUUAAAAGAUACAUGGAUGUACAUGGACGUUCUUGAUGAGGGCUUAUAUGAAAAUGGAUUUUUUUUUUCUUCAAGAUAAAUUUAAGAAUGAUAUCUAAUAUAAGACAUUUCCUGAUUAUAUCAUCUGGUGUAAUUUUCUGUUACAUAAUAUAUGAUGUAAUUCUCUGUUACAUGGGUGUAGUAUCCUGUACUUGCGUAUAUUAAUUGGAGAUGAUUUUGAUUACGAUACUGUUCUUAAUUUUUCUAAAUUUAUAUGAUGAUAAGAUGUUAAUUAUUUGAGCCACUACGUAUCAUAAGUGGUUAAUUUGUUCACUUGAAUACAGCCUAAUAUUUA